AUUGUAGCUUCAACAUUUCAAACGAACGGACGUUCAGCGGAAUAUUUCUCUAAAAAAAAGUGGGAGUGGAGAGCAAAGAAAGUUGUGUGUGUGAGAAUAGGAAAAAUCGCAAAAGUGCAGUGUGCAUAGCUGUAUGUGUGUGUGUGUAUGUGUUGGAGAGAGAGAGAGAGAAAGCGAUUUUAAUCAACUUAAUUUGAAAUAUUGUCGAAGCCAAAAGCAAAAAAGAAAACUCGCAAAAUUAGAUUAAAAAAAAAAACAAAAAUGUCCACUGUAGAAUCGUCCAGUUCGGCGGUGCAGCAGCCCCCCUCGUCCACGCUGCCCAUGCUGGGCGACAACCAGGUGACCACAAUGCAAAUGCAAAUGCAGGCCUCAACCUCUACCUCGGGAGGUGUUGGGGGCGGAGGCAGCAGCAGCAUGUCAUCAGUGGGCGUGCCACUGGAUACGCAGAGCAGCGGUGAACCGCCUGCGAAAAAGCAAAUGCUCGAUACAAAUGCAGCCUCCUCCCCCUCCAGUUCGGGUGGUGGUGGCGGUGGCUCAGCUGGAACUGGAAGCGCAAUAACGGAGAAGCUCGCCUAUCGCAUUUCCACAGCACUCUGCUGUGCCGUCUGCUUGGAUCUGCCCAAAACGGCCAUGUAUCAGUGCCAAAGUGGUCAUCUGAUGUGCGCCGCCUGCUUCACCCACCUCCUGGCGGACGCCCGCCUACGCGAUCAGAUCGCCACAUGCCCCAAUUGCCGUGUGGAAAUAUCAAAGAGCACCGCAUCCCGUAAUCUAGCCGUGGAGAAGGCAGCCUCUGAGCUGCCCAGCGAGUGUCAGUUUUGCAACAAGGAGUUCCCAUACAAAUCGCUGGAGCGCCAUGAGCAGCACGAGUGCCAGGAGAGACCCACAAAAUGCAAAUAUCAUCGCAUUGGCUGCCAGUGGCGUGGACCCUUUCAUGAGACAACCGAGCACGAACGCAACUGUUUGCAUCCGCAGAAAUCUGGUUAUGAGGUAAUGGCUGCAUUGGAGGCGCACGAUGCCAAGAUCAAGGAAGAGAAGAAAAUGUUUAGCACAUUGAUUGAUCUGCUCAGCUACGAGAAAAUUAUAUUCAACGAUCUACAAAUGAAACCGUAUCGCACGGAUGAGUACGUCCACAAGCUGUUCUACGAGACCGCUCGCUUCUCGGCCUUCAAUCAGCAGUGGGUCGUUAAAGCGCGCAUUAAUAACAGCCAACGCGAUCCACAUCAGUCGAACGAUCGCACCAUUACCUAUCAACUGAUACUGAAGACGAAAACCAGCACACCAAUGAGCAUACAUUUCUUUGCGCUCAAGGGUCCGUUCUCGGACAUGAAGGUCUCCACGCAGAUCUACAAGCAUGAGUUUACAGAGACGAGCACUGAAAGCGAUUAUUAUGUGUUGCCCUUGCCAGAUGGCAAUGGUAUUUCAGGCUCUAGUGAGUGCAAUAGAAUGCUGGCAAACAAGGGCAUUAAUUUCCGUUUACUGAUGUUUCUCCUGAAUAAGUAAGGCGUUCGUUCAAUUCGCGUAGUACAGAUUUUGAAACUAGUUUAAGUUGUUGUUUCUAACUCAUAAUUGUGCAAAAUCUAGAUAUAGCUAUAUACAAAUACAUAUAUAUAUUUUCUUUA